AUGAUCGCGUGCGCUCUUACUCUGCCUAACUCGAGAAGUUCACUUGAGCUUUACACACUGCUGAAGCCCGACAACUGGCAGUUCACAGUCAAGCUUAUCAGGGUUGGUGUCGUGAAUGUGCACAACGUGGAGAUGGCCGACUUCACAGGCAUGCUGGUGCAAGUCACCCUAAGAGAGCCCCAGAAUGUCAUACUCCAUGGCAGAGUUCGAGACAUCGUUGCCGGGCAGUCACUCACCAUCCUUGAUGUGCUUGUGCCCGCCACCGGCGAACAAUGGCCUCUACAGACCGUCCCUGGCUCAGCCAUUGCCGACCUCCAAGUAAUCGACUCGAAGCCAGCACCACCACCUGCAUCGGCAAUCCGAACGAACGCUCCUCAAUUACCAGUGCAAAGCGUACCACUGCACCAAAUGCAGCAGCGACCAACCCAGAUUCAGCGCCAGCCGUCAAAUUUCAUCGACCCAGCAAUCCUCAGCUAUGGCAGGUCGCCAGGCCCGCCUAAAGCAUCAAUGGCACCUGUCGAGGCUCCGGCUACGCCCAUCAAGUCGAUGCUGUCUAGAGCAGCCGAGAACUUGCCAGUGAACGGCUCGCCUUUUGUCGCCGAGGCCGGGAGCGUGAAGAGCGCAGGCUUGGGUGGUGCGCUGUCCGAGCUGGGAGGUGGAGACCUUUGGCCACGGUCUGCGAACCUAGCGCCGAUUCCAAAGGUUGUUCGGACGGAGAACGGAGCGGAUGAUGGUGAUCAGCUGCCGAAUCCCAGCGAUGCGGGAGGGAAGAGGAAGGUCCGGAGAGGGCAGCAGAAGAAGAAGAACGGUCCGCCAACAAGUUCAGAUCCUCCGCCAGUCAUGAAUGUGGAGGUGUCUCGGAAUGGGAACGACAUGUCUGGGAGCAGCCAGACAGCCAAAGGGUGGCGGCAAGACCCGUUGUUACAGCCUUCGCCGCAGAAUGGCAGCCCGGCAGGCAAGGCUGAGUCUAAGAAACAAGCAAGACGCCAGCGGGAGCAACAGGAGAUGCAGAACGGUUGGGCUACCGAAGAUGCCACGGACGUGCAAGAUAUGGGCGACUUCGACUUCGAAGCGAGUAACAAGCUCUUUGACAAGAAAGGUGUCUUCGACCAAAUACGGCAGGACGACACGACAGCCGACGAGGACCGUCUUGUGAGCCACAACAAAGUCGCGAGGCCAGGCACGUACGGCGGCAAGAAUCUGCAUCCCACAGAGAAUGUGCUGAGCCCAAAGCUACCGCUUCCGCAUACUGGGAAUGAGGGCGACAGCUCGAGCGACGCGGAUACGGAGCACAACCACGCAAAUGGCAGGACAUCGUCGCGUCAAUCAGUAACGCGUUCUGUGCUGGGGAAGGCACCAAGCCGGCAGAACAGCGUUCCAGCGGACGGCAAGCCUCACCAUUUUACGGCAUCAAUAUCUUCAGAUCGCAGCGGCAUUGCUAGAACUACUACUUUCCUCGCAAGUCGCGCCAGCGGACCGUUAGCGCCUGUUCUUACAGCAUCACCGCAGCCGGAUCGGACGCACUCGCCGCAGUCGGCUGUAUCAUACGCCUAUGCACAAGGUACUAUAUCAGAGGCUACGCAAGAGCCACACUUUGUCGUGCAAAGUACGCACCGGCCGUGCAAGGUGCUACUACCAAUGGGCCUCAGCAACCUCGAAGCGCAGACUGUUGCCCAGUUUGGCAUGACUCCCGAAGCUGUUACUGAAAGUGCGGCUAGGUGUGUUGCGCAGGUCGCUCUAAGCAUGUUUGACCCAUCUGGUGGGAGUCGGCGCGGCUCAAGAGCGAACACGUUCCGCGGCAGUGUCACCUCUAGCAUGACGCUCGACCGCGCGCAAACGCCAGUGGUGGUCAUCCUAGCUGGCAACCACGCCGUAGGGGCGAGAGCAGUCGCAGCUGCCCGUCAUAUCGCCAACCGGAAGAUUAGAGUGAUCAUAGCAGAAGCGCUCUUUGAGGCAAAGGGGAUGCAGCACGAAGAGAUGCGGGCGCAGACAGCUAUGCUCAAGCGUUUGCAGCGGAUGGGCGCACCGAUCAAGCGCAGUGCUUGGCUCAAGGCUUCAAAUUACAUCAAGAACCUCACUGGACCGCCAGCUGUUAUUAUCGAUGCUUUACUGGCGGGCUCGAAGUAUGACGUGCCGUCGGAAACGAACACGCAGCACAGACUCGACUACCAGCGAGAAGCGAGGGAAAUGAUCGACUGGGCAAACCGGAGUCGAGCGCCCGUGUUGUCAGUUGUCUGUCCGUCAGGCGUUUCGGGCGAAGACGGCUCGGCCACACUGGUAGAGGGCGAACCAUUGGCUGUACGACCGGACAAGGUUGUGUCGCUUGGUGUACCUAUGCAAGGCUUACUGGAGGCGAUGAAGAAUGGUGAGAGAUGGGAUGUGAGUCUAGCAGACAUCGGAGUCAACAUUACGCUCAACAGUGAUGAUGCUGUGGUAUUCGGGCCGCAAUGGGUGGUAGACCUGAGAUUCGAGGAAGGAGCGGAAACGAAUGGCCUUGCGUAG